AUGAUUGGAGUUCUUGUAAACAAAACAUCUUUUGGCAUACUAGCUGGCUUGGCCAGUGCCGCAUUCGUUGGUUAUUGUGUCUAUUUUGAUAAGAAGCGUCGCGGGCAUCCGGAUUACAAGAAGAAUAUUUAUGAGCGACGUCGCCGCCAUCGCAAAUCAAGUGGCUCAAGUGGCAUACCAGACUUAACGGACGCCAAAUCCAUCGAGAGCUAUUUCAUGCAGGAAAUCCAAAAAAGUGAAAUGCUAAUUACCGACGGCAAUUACGAACGUGCCGCUGAACAUUUGAUGAAUGCAAUUGUCGUUUGCAGCAAACCGGGCAAGUUGCUCAGUGUGCUGCAAAACACAUUGCCCGAGGAGGUGUUCACAUUGCUGGUGUACAAAUUGAAUGCGUAUAAUAUGAAUGCACAGCGGUCGCAAAGUAUGAACGAAGGCAUUGUGCCUUCUCUUGUUGUGGAUGACGGUAGUGUGGAGUAA